ACUCUGUCCAGCAUUUUACACAAGGUGCGGCUGUUCGCGUAUGCUUUGUGGCCCUUGAGCCCCCGUUUGGGAAGCCGCAGACGGCUGAGGAGGGGAAAUGGGUAGAACAACAACAAUUCAUUAUUAUUCUUAUUAUAACCCAAAUACUGUAGACAAAUGGUGAACUGAAAACGAGACCGGAAGAGAGAGAGAGAGAGAGAGAGAGAGAGAGAGUCAGACUCAGACUCAGACUCGAGCGGUGACGUCACUGCGCGGCGUAGCCAACCCCGAACGACACCGCGCCAAAUUCGAACGCCGGCUGACGUCAAAAGGGAUUGGUUGCCGCGCGCGCGUGGGGAACUUGACUUUUGAGGAGCUUCGUGCCAAGGCAGAAGCGCUCCCUCUGUCCUAGGUUUGACCUUUCUCUCCCACCGUUUCACCCCCCCCCGGUGUUUCGGACCAGUAGCUGGCAGGCCGUUUCCAUGGCAACCCCACCUAAGCGGAGCCGGGCCGAAAAUAACAUCAAAACGAUCGCCAUAGAAGGCAAUAUAGCUGCUGGGAAGUCGACCUUUGUGAAUAUUCUCAAACAAGCCAGAGAAGACUGGGAAGUUGUCCCUGAGCCAGUAGCAAGAUGGUGCAAUGUUCAGAAUUGCCAAGAUGACAGUGAGGAGCUGACAACCUCCCAAAAGAGUGGUGGCAACUUACUUGAGAUGAUGUAUGAGAAGCCAGAGAGAUGGUCCUUCACUUUCCAGGCUUACGCCUGUCUGAGCAGAAUCCGAGCUCAGCUCAAAUCCUUUAAUGGGAAACUCAAAGAAGCUAAGAAUCCCGUUGUCUUCUUUGAGAGAUCUGUUUACAGUGACAGGUACAUUUUUGCAUCUAAUUUAUAUGAGUCUGACUGUAUGAAUGAAACAGAGUGGACGAUUUACCAAGACUGGCAUAACUGGAUGCACCAGCAGUUUGGCUCUAGUCUUGAACUGGAUGGCAUUAUUUAUCUCCGAGCUACCCCUGAGAAAUGCUUGAACAGGAUUUAUGUGCGUGGAAGAGAUGAAGAACAAGGCAUUCCUAUAGAAUAUCUGGAAAAACUUCAUUACAAACAUGAGAGCUGGCUCCAGCACAGAACAUUGCGAACAGAUUUUGAAUAUCUACAAGAGGUUCCUAUUCUAACACUGGAUGUAAAUGAAGAUUUCAAAGGCAACAAAGACAGGCAUGAAAAUAUGAUUGAAAAGGUCAAAGAAUUUUUGAGCACUUUAUAGCCCUUCCAGAGGCAACGCCAGACCUGAGCAUUCCUGACAUUCAUAUUGCUUAGUUUGUAUCACCAAUUCUGCUUUUGCUUAAGGUCUCCAAGGACAGGGUCCAACUUUUGUUACAUUGUUGAAUCUUAUGGUGAACUGGUUUUAUAAUAUUUAUCUUGUGUUUGGCUUUCUUAGGUGAGGUGCUUGCUACAAAUGGUAAGAUCAUCUAAUAUUCCAAAGCAGAGUUCAAGGAGCCCUGUGAAAUACAUGGCAAUCUCUCUUUGCAACAUAAAUGAAAUAAUUAGAUAGUUCUAGAAAAGUCAUUGGUU